AUGGGCGGUAUAGGGGAGGACGAUGACGACCACAAGGCUCAGUCGCCACCGUCACAGCAACAGCAGGCGCAGGACGCCAAGGAAAAGGCCGGGAAGAAUUCGUCAUGCCAUUGGACCCCUGAGGAGGACAAGAUUCUGCUGAACCACGUGAUGCGCUACGGUAGCCGCUACUGGGGGCUGCUCCAAGCCACGGGGCAGCUGCCUCAGCGGGACCAGAAGUCAUGCUGCAACCGCUUCCUGCUCCUCAAAAAGCGAUGUCUCGGGACAACAUCCGCGGUGGUCGUGGAUGCUUCUCACGCCGCAGCGGCGCCCGCGCAGCCCGCAGUACAAACUCCGUCAGCACCGUCAGCGUCGCCAGCACCGUCAGCACCAGCAUCACCGGCACUGCAAUCAGCGCCGGUAGCAUCACCGUCCCUCCCGUCUCCCACUCUGUCAUCACCAGCACCCGCAGGCGUGUCAGCAGCCGUCGGAUCUGCCGCCCUUACCGCGACCACCACGCGCAUGCAGCCGUCAGCGCCGGCCUCGUCUCCCGCCUGUGGGCCGCGAGCGGGUUUGUCCAGUGCCGUGAGCACCAGCGAUCUCGCUCCCUUGGGAUCACCUGCUCCCGGACCCGCUUCCGUGUCGCCGCUGUCGCCGUCUCUUUCGCCGUCUCCGUCAACUCUACCGGUUUCCCCAGCGCAGCUAGUAGGCCAGUCGACGGCGUUAGCACAAGCUGGCGUUCGUGCGACAGAGCAGGCAGUCGAUAAAUGUGCUCCUGCUGGCCAUGUCCCGUCGGGAAAGGACAUUCCCGCCGCUGAAGGCGGGGAAGGUGCGGGUACGGCGCAGAUGCGGGUGAAAGCGGAAGAGGAGUCGGCAGUGAUGGCGGGUGGAACGCUGGCAGAUGCGGUAGCAGAAGCAGCCGCUGCUGCACUUCCGGCGCGGAGCGGUGUUGCGUGCGGUGGCGCGGGAGUGAAGGCGGAGCAGUGCGAUGCUGCCGGCGAGAGCGGGGUCUCUGCUUGUAGCGGGGAUGAAGGUGUAGCAGCAGGCGGUUCUGCUGCUGUUGGACCUGCCACGGCUGCAUCUACAAGCGGCAGCAACGGCGGUGCGCGCAUGGCGCCCGUUCUUCUCACCAGUGUCACACCGGACCUCAUGUCCGCGGGGGCCGCAGUGGCCGCCGUGCCGUUGCCGUCGGUCAUCGCCACGCCGUCGGAGCGCAAGCGGAACAACAAGGUCGUCGCGUGCCGCAUCGCGCUGCUGCUACAGCAGGUCACCCCGCGCCCUCCCUCCGCGUCCACCGCAUCCGCUGCUGGUGAUUCUUCCGCCGCCGCGGCUGGCGGAUCCGGUGAUUCCGCUCCCGCGCUGGCCGCCUCUGCGCCAUCGUCCAUCCGCGCGUCGCCAUCAGCAGCAGGGGGCCCGUCCGCCUCCCUGGUUGCUUCCGCUGCACCCGCUGCUUCCGCUGCCCCCGCGCCAUCACCGCUAGGUUCCGCCGCGCCCGCGUUCCGCUCCGGGUCUGGCGCAGCCGGACAAGGGGGGAAGUGCGUGAAGAUGGAGGGUGCUGACGUGGGCAGCGGAUCUUCCGCUCGUUAUAAUCACCACAUUCCGCCUGGUCAAUGCGGUCAGCAGCAGCAAAAUGCAGCUUUUUACCAGGGUCAACAGGAGCAACAGCAUCAACAGGGUCAACGGAGUCAACAGGGCGCGUGCAGCUUUCCGAAUAUAGCCGCGAAUCAACAGAGUGCGCACACAAGCGAGAAAGGCCGCGCGGGGACGCGCCCAGUAGCUGCGAAUACCGAUGACGCUACGCCGCCAGCACCGCCUUUAUCCCCCGCUUUUCCCGAUGCUUCCCCCGACCACCUUGUGCGUUGCCACUCCGAACCCUUCGCCUCCGCCGUUCCGCAUGCACCCGCCGCAACCGCUUCCGCCUCGCCGUUCUUUCCGCAGCAGUACCAUCGCCCUUCCCCCGCUGCCAGCCUUCCCGCUUCCACCUCACCUUACCCUUCCCGCUGCCCUGCUUCCGCCGCUGGCGCACGGCUGACCGCCGCGCACUCCGCGCAUGUGUCCCCGUCCGCGGGAACAUACGCUGCGACAGCCGCUGCAAGCGCGGAGAACGGUACCCCACCGGCCGCGCACCUGAUUUCCCCGUUCAGCCAGCCGCCCGCCACUCCCACGUUUCUCCCCGCUUCCUGCCCUUCCGCCAACCGCGCGCUCUCCCCGCUCCUCCUCUCCCCGGCCGCCUUUCCGCUCGACGAUCCCGCACCCGUUUUCUCGUGCAACUUUCACCCUCCCGCCGUCACCGGCGCGCAACCGCUGCCUCCGCCGCUUCCGCAAUGCGCGGAGCAUGCCCCCCCGGGUCAUCCCCUGGGGCGGAGACCGCGCAGGCUAGCUUUCGGCGGCACUUCCGCCGCAACUCCCGGCGCCUCUUCCGCUGGACCCACUGGCCGUCCUCCGGGUGUCUCUGGUGUCGAUGCUGACGUCAUUACCGGCAGCAAGGCGAUGGGCGGAAGAGCGGUGUCCCCCAACCGCCGGCUGGGCCCUUCUCGAAGCGCGCCCGUGACGCCCGCAGCAGGGUCGUCCGCCCUCGGCGCGCAUCAUCACCAGCAACAACAGCAGCAGCAGCAGGCGCAGCAUGCGGCGCUGCACAAGAGCACGUCGGCGGACUCGUUCCUGGCGGGCAUGCGCUGCCUGCUUCCCCUGGGCCGCACCACCUCGCACCGCUGGUUCGCCCCCGCCGCUGCGCCGCUCGGCGAUGCGCCUCUUCCGCCACCGCAAGGGCCGCACCCCGUGGGGGGGCCUUCCAGCGUGGCAGCCGCAGCAGCGGACGACAUGGCGGUGUUCUCGCUGCCCUCGCCGCACCACCCGCUCGCCGCCGGUCGCCUACGCCCCCGCGCUGCGCCGCCUCCGCCGCUCUUCCUCUCCGCCUCCUCCUCCGCGUCCGCGCUUCAAGCGCUGGUGGAGGAAUCAUUCCCGGGCGGCCUGCGCCCUGCUGCGCUCGCUGCCGCGGCUGCCACUGGUGCCGCUGCUGCUAAUACCCCUGCCGCCACGGCCGCUGCUGGUGGCGCAGGUGCGGCAUCCCCGCCGGCUGCACGCGCGAGCGGUUUCGAGGUUGCGCCUCUUGGCGCGGGCGAGCGGGAAGGCGCAGGCGCAGGCGCGGUGUGCGAGGUGAUGAGCGCGGAGGACGAGGAGGCGGAGCAGGAGCGCAUGGCUGCGCGCACCCUACUCCGCGUGCUGGAGCUGUGGCCGCAUGCCAUGCUCGCAUUCGGGGGGGAGGGGGAUGAGGAGGACGGGGAAGAAGGGGAGGAGGAAGGGGAUGGAGCAGGAACCAAGCUCCACCAGGGAGAGGUCGUCAGCGCUCUGCACACUGCUGCUGCUGCUGCUGCUGCUGCUGCUGCUGCUGCUGCUGCUGCUGCUACUGCUGCUGACGCGAGCAGCGCGGCACGGCAGGGUGGCGUAGCAGGCGCAAGCACAGUUAAGGGCGGGGAGGCACAUGGUGCAGAUGGCAGUGACGGGCAGCAGCAGCAGGCUCUUGGAGGUGACUUGCACUCGGGCCGAGGUAGGGAUGGCGGGAGUGGCGGGAAUGGCAUGGAGAUGAGUGGACGGCAGGUGAAGAUGCUGCCACAGCAGGCAGAGGAGGAUGGGAGGCACGAGAGGCAGGUGUUGAGGCACAAGCGCGUGAACCCGGCGCCCCUGGACCUGCCUGUUGCCAAGCGACUGGCCGUGGCCACCCACAUGCCCCUCCGCCAUGCUGUUGUGGCUGCUGCUGCACCUGCUGCUGGGGAGGCGUCUGCCAGCACUGCUGCUGCCGCCGCCGCCGCCGCUGCUGCUGCUUUGGGGCUUUCAGCUGCUACGGCUGUGGAUACUGCUCACAGUGGUGGUGGUGGUGCUGUGAUGAAUGCGCUGGGUGCGAAUGGCAGCAGUGGCCGGGUUGGUUCGGGAUGGGGGGUGGAGGAAGAGGACAGCGAAGAGGAGACAGGCGUCCCCAUCCACCAGCAGCACCAGCACACAACGCCUGCUCUUGCAGCGUUUACAGCCAGUGCUACAGCCGGCACUGGCGGCAGUGGCGUGGGAACAGCAGCACACACGGCCGCAAGUCAUGAAGCAUCAGCUGUGGCAGGCAGCAGUAGCAAGAAGGCGAGGGGCGCGUGUGGCAACAGCAGUAGCAGCAGCAGCAGCAGCAGCAGUGCGGGGGCGGGGAGUGGAGUGAGUGAGAGUGUGAUGGAGUACCUGCAGACCAUGGACGACCUGCCAGGCGCGUCCGUGCUGCUGCUCGACAAGCCCAGUGACUCGGACAGUGACCACCACGGCGCCCUGCCUGGCAGCGGUGCCGUGGGCGGCGAGGCAGCUGGAGGGGGGCUUCAGCAUGCGGAAUCACCUGCUCCUCCUGGCCCGUUCCUCUCUGCGUCUGUUGCUGCUGCUGCUGUUGCUGUCGCUGCCACUGCUGGUGGUGGUGGUGGCAAGGCAGUGUGUGAGGCGAUGGCAGUGCAGGAGGAGCAGGGGGCAGCAGGAGGUGGCAUGGGGUGGCACAUGGACGUGGACGCUGCACUGCCUGCUGCUACCGCCGCCGCACACACAGCUGCUGCUGCCCCAACCACCAAGCACGCAGUGCUACCACCUGCGGCUGCAGGCUGCCUGGGGAAGGCCUCUCAUACGCCUGACGCCUGUAUGACUCUUGCCGCCUGGCCGCGCCUGAAUGCUGCUGGCAUCGCUGGCAGGGGAGCCGUGGGUGUUGCUGCUGCUGCUGCUGCUGGGGGAGGGGCGGUGGGUGCAGGGGUGGAGAGGAGCAGGGCACGUGGCGGCAUGGGGGGGUGCUGCUUGGAUGUGGAUGCACAAGGGGUGGGUGCAGGUGUGGUGGGUGCACGCACACACAGUGUCACUGCGUGUGCCUCCAACCUUGGCUUCUGA